AUGGAGAGUGUCCAAGCAUCCAUGAUAAAGAUCAAAGCAAUGAAUCAAUUCCCUCAAGAACUUCCAUUGAUAUUUCUCGGGCUUCUCGGCACCUCGCACGGCGAUAUCGAUUUCCGGCCGGCGGGAACUUCGGAAGUCUUCUCCUCUUUUGAUAUUUCUCCGGCGGCGAUAGAGGAAACGGCGGAAGAAGAAUUAUUCUUAGGAUUCUUCUUGUUACCUGAUAAUGAGGAGAAUGUGAAACGGACCGAAGGUGAGGAAGUGGCGUUGGCGGCGACUGUUGGAGCGGGAGAUGAGGUGGAGAAUGCCAGACAUGCAGCCGAUGGUCUUGGCAUGAAUUUUUUCCGGCGUGUUUUCUCGCCAGGAUGACGACGGUGACACCGCGCUGGUUUGCCUCUUCAUCACCGUCUCUCUACUCGUUUCUCUUCCACUUUUUUGGAAUUUUCUGGGCCUCAAAAAUUU